UUCUCGCCGGAACUUGGUCCGCUCCAAACGCGGCGUGACGGACUCUCCAUUGGCUGAGAGCGGUGGCAAGGGCAGGUCCAGGCCUGCGAUUGGCUGUUGGAGCAGGGUGUCUCACGGCCCUACCGGCCGGCGGGCGCUGACGGUCAUGGAUAGUCCGUCGGUGCUGACUCGGGGCGCCGCACGGCAGCGGGGCUCCGCUGCCCUGGAGAAGCGGGCGCAGGACCAGCCGGAGCAGAGGCCGGGGCGGCGGAGGCCGGGGCGGAGGACCAACGAGGACCAGGAAGAGGAAGCGGCCUUUAGAGAUGUGGUCAGUUUCGCUCCAGAUCCUUUACCAGCUAGAUAUUAUGACAAGGAUACCACCAGACCCAUCAGCUUUUACCUAUCGUCACUGGAGGAGCUGCUGGCAUGGACCCCCCUCAUGGAGGAUGGCUUCAAUGUAGCCAUGGAGCCCCUAGAGCGCCGCCAGCCCCCCCUGAGCAGCCCCAGGCCCCGGACCCUGCUGUGCCACGACAUGAUGGGCGGGUACCUGGAGGACAGGUUCAUUCAGGGCUCAGACGUGCAGAACCCCUACUCCUUCUACCACUGGCAGUACAUCGACAUCUUUGUGUACUUCAGCCAUCACACAGUCACCAUCCCGCCCGUGUGCUGGACCAACGCUGCACACAGGCAUGGGGUCUGCGUGCUGGGGACCUUUAUCACAGAGUGGCAGGAGGGAGGCAAACUCUGCGAGGCCUUCCUGGCCGGGGAGGCAAGCUCCUACCAGGCAGUGGCCGACCGGCUGGUCCAGAUGGCUCAGUUUUUUCGUUUUGAUGGCUGGCUCAUCAACAUCGAGAACUCCUUGAGUCCAGCUGCUGUGAGGAACACGCCUUUAUUUCUCCAGUACCUGACCACACAGCUCCAUCAGCAGGUGCCCGGAGGUCUGGUGCUGUGGUAUGACAGCGUGGUGCAGAGUGGGCAGCUCAAGUGGCAGGAUGAACUCAAUGAUCAGAACAGGGUCUUCUUCGACUCCUGUGAUGGCUUCUUUACCAACUAUAACUGGCGGGAGGACCACCUGCAGCGGAUGGUGGCGCAGGCCGGGGCACGCCUGGCAGACGUGUAUGUGGGCGUGGAUGUGUUUGCCCGGAGCAAUGUGGUCGGAGGCCGUUUUGAUACUGACAAGUCACUGGAACUGAUCCGGAAGCAUGGCUUCUCAGUGGCACUGUUUGCUCCCGGCUGGGUGUAUGAGUGUCUGGACAAGAGUGACUUCUUUCAGAACCAGGACAAGUUCUGGGGACUCCUGGAGCGCUUCCUGCCCACACACAGUAUCUGCUCUCUGCCCUUUGUCACCUCAUUCUGCCUGGGCCUGGGCACUCGAAGAGUCUGCUAUGGCAAGGAGCAGGCAGUGGGGCCCUGGUACCACCCUAGUGCCCAGGAGACCCAGCCCCUCUUUGGUGAACAUAAGCUGGCUGGAGACAGUCGGGGCUGGGUGAAGGCACACUGCUGCCUGGCCGAUGCCUGGCAUGGGGGCAGCUCCCUGCUGCUCCGGGGCCUGAUCCCACCCGAGGUCGACAGUGUGGCUCUGAGGUUGUUCUCCCUGCAGGUCCCAGUGCCACCCAAGGUUUUCCUGUCCAUGGUGUACAAGUUUGAAGGCUCAACGGAGGUCCAGGUGGCUUUGGAGGUCACAACAGGGGAUGCCAGCAGCUGCCAUGUGGGUGGCAUGUUGGUGUUGAAUGCUGAAACUGGCACAAGGCACAGCCCCAGACCCCUCCGAGUACCCCCUACCAAACUGGCCAGAUGGGUCAGGAGUUGUGGCCAGCAGCUCAGUGGUGGCUGGAUCCAACGCUGCUAUGAGGUAAACCUGCGCGGGUGCCUGCUUCAGGACCUCUUGGUGAGCUUUUCACGGCCACCAGGCAGCCGUGAGGAGGAGAGCUUUACUUGUCGUCUCGGAGAGAUCCAGGUGGUUGAUGCCAACAGCCUUCUGGCCCCUCUGCCCCGGGUGCAGAAUGUCACCAUUUCGCAGCUACGCUGGCUUCCCCUGAUUUCUGGGUCUGAGGGCCUCCCUACCCGGCUCCUCCUCAGCUGCACUCUACAUUGGUCCUACCUCCUGCCCCAAGCCCGAUGCUUCCGGAUUCACCACUGUGAGCAGACAGGAAGCAGUUCUGCGAUGGAGGAGUCCCCAGGGACUGAGAAGCCCGUGUUCCUGGGCCUGGCCUUCGCCAACCAGUACCGUGUGGUGGACUUGGCAGUGGAGGCUGCCAAGUUUGGGCAGGAUGGUCGUGUGGAAUUCCUGGUGGAGCCUGUCCCCAGGGAGGGCUUCCUGGUGCCUCAGGCUGAGUGGGGCAGGGCGGUCCUGCUCUACUCGGCCUCUCAGUGAGCCCACCCCAGAGCAUGGUACCUUCUCGCCUCAAGACUCAAGGUUCCUUCCUGGCCAGCCUCUCACGGCUGAGUGGACUCCUGAGGAUACCCGGGUCCCCAGGAGGCCAGGUCUCCAGGUUCUGGCUGUGCUCUCUGGAAGCUCUGUGACUCACCUAGCACCCACACCCUUCUGUAACGCUCUCCACGGAUGCUGUUCUCAAGGGAGAAGAAGAAGGUUUGAGGUUUUUCCAGAAAAAAAUCCCAUAAAGGCUAUUUUUCAUAGGUUAAAAAGAUACUUCUGUGAGAAUGGUGGCCAUGUAGCCUCACAGCUUUGAGUGGUGGCAGCGAAGCUCCCUCAGCGUGGGAGCAGGAGUGCUCAUGGGCUCGCUGGGGUGGUGACCCAGGACUAGGUGCUCCAUCGGGUGGCCACGGGUACCCCACACCCCUCACCCCCCACCUCCCACCCCCCACCCCUCACCCCCCACCCCCCAUACAAGUUUGGCUUUGGCAGCUGACUGUCCCCACAAACACUAAGCCCUCGCCUUUGCAGUACCUCCCAUAGGCUGUCUGCUAUGCGAAGGUACAGAAGGAUCAGGGCGCCAGCCAGGCCUCCUCUUACAUCCUCCAAGAGGCAGCUGAGCCCUGGCCCCCUCCCAGUGUGGCGGCAUCCUUAGCUGUACUGAAGCCCUGUUGAUGCAGGGCUGUGUGAAAACUUCCCACUGUGUCUCUGGGUCUCCAGUAGUGCCACCUGCAUUUUCCCUGCUUCAGGCCACAGCAGGGCCCUCACACCCUUUCCGCAUUCACGGAGUCACUCUGUGGACCUCAUGUAGUAUGGAGAGAGGCCGCCAGAGGGCAGAGCAGCCUGCUGCCAUCUUCUGAGGCGUAGGGGUUAGGUGGGUGGGUUUUCCUCAGAGUCCCAGAGAGGCAGGGAGGGUGAGGACCUGAAACCUGAGAUUGGGAACAUUUUGCCCUGUUUCUACCAGCUCUCAUAUAGACCACAUGUGGGACAGGGCCUCUGGGGAAGUCCGGCCUACUGUACCCUGGCGUGGCUCUGCCCGCCUUGCACACUGGGAAGGAAGCACCUGAGCUUUCUCUGGUUUGUCAGGCAGAAUCUGCCCUGGAGGCUUGGCUCUCCCACUCCCAGCCAGGGGACCAUAUGCCUAGAGUGGAGAGCAGUGGGGAGCAGGGCAGGGCACUGGUCCUGACUGCCCUGCUUUCCCCUGUGGCACCAGGUCUGCUUUUUAAAGUGCUGGUUCCUUCAAAUAUUUUAUGCAGAGAAGGAGGGAAAAUUUAUAGUGGCAAUUAUUUUCUCACAGUCUGGUGAGCAAGCAAUUAGAAGUAAGGGGGCUUAGCAGAGCAUGGCAUGAGGCAGAGCACCACAACCCCACUUCCCAGGAGCAUGGUCCCCAGUCCUGGCAACAUGGCUCCGGUGCAGGAAAAUUAAUCUGCUGGCAUUUCAGCCGAGGCCCCUCUGGUGGAUAUAAUCACUCAGAAAUAAAUUAUCCAGUGUGAAAAA